AUGGAUAGUUGCAAUGGAAUGAGCGGCUCCUUAUGGCAGCACUUCCUUCGUUCAGACGCCCUAACGGCAACGAUUGUACCAACAGAAAUCAAGUCAGAAUCAUUCCUCGAGGAUCUCAACAACAUUCUCAACGCUGGUGAUGUGCCAAAUAUCUAUGGUUUCGAGGACCUCGAGGGGAUCUAUAACGCCAUGAAGGUGGUUGUCUCAGAACAGGGUCUACCCGCCACGAAGACCAACCUGUUUUCUGCCUAUGUUAAGCGUGUCCGUUCAAAUCUGCACACUGUAAUUACCAUGAGCCCGCUGGGAGAGAUCUUCCGAGCAAGACUCCGACAGUUUCCUGCGCUAGUCAGUUGUUGUACGAUCGACUGGUACAGCGAAUGGCCU